AUGUUCCAGUUCAUUCGGAAAAAGAUUCACAAUCGACUUGUGGAGCGUAAAAUUAGGGGAAGCCGUCUAGUCACCAAGGAUGGGCACUGCAACAUUAAAUUUGGGACCAAUAAAUAUCACAGCCAUUUUGCUUUUAUCAUAGACUUCUGGACUACAUUUGUUGAAAUCCACUGGUGUUUUGUAAUUGUCUUUUUUGUUGCUGCCUUCACUGGAAGCUGGUUCAUUUUCGGGUUACUCUGGUAUUCACUUGCAAAAAAUAAUGGAGACUUAGACAGACUCCAGAAUACAUCAGAGUCCCAACAGAUGAAGUGUAUAGAAAACAUUAACAGUCUCACUACAGCCUUCUUGUACUCUUUAGAGACCCAAACAACUAUUGGCUAUGGCGGUCGGGCUCUAACAGGUCACUGCCCAAGCACGGUUGCCCUGUUGAUCAUCCAGUCCCUCAUGGGUGCCAUAAUAAACUGCUUUAUGUGUGGACUUAUUCUGGCAAAGAUCUCGCUCCCAAAAAGGAGAGCAAAAACAGUCACCUUCAGCGAAACAGCAAUCAUCUCUUUGUGGAAAGGAAAUCUAUGCCUUCAGAUCCGAGUGGCCAAUUUGCGAAAAACACUUCUAAUUGGAAGCCAGAUUUAUGGAAAGCUCCUUCGCACAACCAUCACUCCAGAAGGGCAGACAGUCAUCCUGGACCAGGUGAACAUUGACUUUUUGGUUGACGCUGGUAAGGACAACCUCUUCUUUGUUUGUCCAAUUACUCUGUACCAUGUAAUCGAUAAGUCCAGCCCAUUUUCAGAGAUGGCCGCAGACACUCUUCAACAGCAGGACUUUGAAUUGGUUGUCUUUUUGGAUGGUAUGGCCGAAUCCACCAGCUUGUCCUGCCAAGUUCGGACCUCCUUUCUUCCCAGGGAAAUCCAGUGGGGUUACAACUUCCUGCCCGUCAUAUCUCGCACCAAGGGAGGAAAAUACCGCGUCGAUCUGUCUAACUUCUCCAAAACAGAGCCAGUAGUCACACCACACUGUGCGUGCUGUUUCCAAAAUGAACAUAAUAAGGAACUCAUUCUCCACCGACAUGGACAUGAAGGCGUUGAUAAUCUGGGAUUUGAUGUUAUAGAUCUUCAAGAUUCUUUUGAUGUAAAUGAGUAG